AUGGGUCAACAAUUAUCCCAUGUUAAUGAAAAACUCCUUUCGAUGACCAAUAAUGAUUCCACUCAGCUUACAUCCGAUGCUAUUAUCGCUGACAGUGGUAAAGACGAUAUUCUAACAUUAUUAAAUGUUCGAAAUCCACUUGAAUCUAAUGGUAGUAAUCCAAUACCGGUUUCGGAAAGGUUUCAUACAAAACAAAUCCAAACUCAUCUAUUUCAACUAACGAAUUCAGUCGAACAUAAAGCAAUCAAUCUUGAAAUAUACGACAUACUUUUCGAAAAUGUUUUUAAAAAUGAUCUUGCUAGUCAUUCUCAAAAGACGAUCAACGAAGUUGAAGCUAUACUUAACCAACAACAGAAAUUACAAACCGCUUUAAUGAAGAAAAUUCAGGAGGAAAAAAAUGCUAAUCAAUCAAUAUUCAAUAAGGACAAAGCUGAACGUCAAGCUCAACAGUUAUCUUAUUUUGCCAUACAAUCGUUGACAUCCAUACUAUUAAUUCUCAUCAAAUCAGCAGAAAAACAUGAUCCAACUAUUGUUCAACAAAUAUUGACAUUAGCCAGUCAACUGUGUGAACAAAUGCCGAUGAAAUGACUAGUAUUCGACAAGAAACCAGAACAUCCACUGAUGACUAAUAAUGAUACAAGUAAAGGAUAUGGAUUAACUACUUCGACUACAUCUUCUGUCGUUGUUAAAUAUCUUGUUCGAAUUUUGAAUAGUUGUAUCGAAAACGAGCAGGUUAUUUCGGAUAUAUUCAAUGACAUUCUUGUUGGUUUGUACUUAAUGACAGAACAAGAAGCGGGAUUAGCUUUCCUUUCCGUUGAGCCGAUAUUCAUCAAAUUAUUACCAUUAUUGGGUAAUUAUAUAGUACGGAAUAGAACAAAUGAUGAUCAUGCAAAAACUCAUUUACAUUUUCUUUCAUGGUUAUUAGGUCGAAUGAGUUCUCUUCUAAUUGCUGGUCCACCGAAGGACACAUUGGAAACAAAACAUGCCAAUAGAUUAGAUUCACUUUUGUUUAUGAAUGGAUGUGAACCAACGGUAACUGAAAAUAGUCAGUAUCUAAUGGAUCUAUUCAAAUCCGAUUUAGCCGUUUACAGUCAUUUUAAAUGGAAUCAACAACGACAACAGUCAUCAUCGGACGAUGAAUUUCUUAUGUCAGUCUAUUACAAUCAAGGUCAAGGUGCUAAACUGAUAUCGAAAAUGAAAAUUCACCUGAAAAAUAAACAGCGUUUCUUGCAAAAAUCUAUCGAACAAUUUGUUAAUGAUGCCUGUGCAGUUCUCUUUGCUGUCUACAUCAAACACUAUCGUCGAAUUCAUCUAGCUAAAUCCGAAUUAUUUCGACCAGAUCACGAUAAACCACACGAUAAACUUUCAUCGAUCUAUGAAUAUGCUAAUCGUGUACAGACGAUCUUCAUCAAAACAAAAGCACAAGGUGGUGAUUGUGAUAAUUUGUUCAAACAGAUCAAAAACAAUGCAUUAUUUCUUCUGUUAUCUGUUAAGGAGAAUAGUUUAAUUCCGAUUGUUAAUGAAAAUUUGCCACCAGCAGAACCGAAUACACCGAAUUUAUUAAGUGUAGAACAAAAUCGAAUGUCAAGAUUCAAACGUCAAGAAUCACGAUGGACAAAAGCAAAGAAUAUUAUUCGAUUACUUCGAAAUUCCAUGCAUGCUUGUAUUCGAUUGAAAAAAUUGAUGAUAUCAAAGAAGCAAAGUAUUGAACAAGAACAUGAUCCAGAAAGUGUUCUCAAUCGUCUUAUUAAUGGGUAUGUUUAUGAAGAUGCGUACGGAAAUACAAUAUCAAUUGGAAAUGAAGACAAGAAACGAGAAUCCAAUGAACUCAUUCAAUGUCUCUACCGACAAUAUGAACGAGCAAUGACAAGACUCAUCACAUAUCGAUUUAUCGAAACAUUUAUUCCGAAAGUCUUCAGUAUCGACGAUCACAGUCGAGCACUGUCUAUACUCGCUAUUUAUUUACCUCAUAUGAGACAUAUCGAUCUAGUGGAAUGGACCUACGCAGAAAAUAUACAAGCAUCCAACAGUGAAUUGAAAGAUGCUAUUGCCAAUAGUUAUUAUUCGUGUAUUCAUAUGAUUCUAUCUCAUCUAUUACAAUCAACAACAACAGCCGAAUCAACCAUCUUAAUACCAUCUAUAUUUCGUCUAUUGAAUCUAUCCUAUCGAUCAAUCGAUGUUUGUUACCUAGAUCGUUAUCAAUUGAUUCAAACAUUAUGUAAAUCCUAUAUGAAUUUCAUUGAAAAAUCAGAUCCGUUGCUUUCAUUGAAAUCAAAACUGUCCGGAUACACUUGGUUCCGAUUAUUUGUUUAUAAACUUUGUGACAAUAUUCGAGAAGAACAAGCACAUGGAAUGGCAAAUCCUCUGCUAUGCCAACAACGAGAUUUCGUCUUUCAAUCAAUCAUCUUUGGCCAAUUGAAAGAAUUAAAACGAUUGAAGCAAACAUUGUCCACUGCUGUGGCAGAGCCACUUGUUGAUUCGAACGAAGAAAAAUAUGAUUCUCUUAGUAAUACUACUAUUGGAUGGUUCAUUAAACACAUAUGA